CUGUACGCCUGCUGCUGUCACGGUGACAUGUAUUAUGAAUGAAUGCGGUCGCUCUCUUCAUUCUUCAUUGUGUAGACGCAAGAUUUGAUUAUAUUUUAAUAUCUGGUUUGGGCGUAAUCAACGUUCAGAAACUGGAUUAGCAAGUAGGCGUGCAUUUUUAGAACAGCAGGUGAUGCGGUGAUGCAGAGGAUGUUUAUGCGGCGUUAGGACCCAGAGGACACGUUCUCGUUCUCUCAAGGCACAUGCAAUUUGCAUGCGCGUGUUCUGCAAGGCAAACACGGCUGUAUGAGUGAAACCUUAACCACCGGAAGAUCGAGCAACAGACUCGCAGACUCGCUUAUUGGUGGAGGAUCACUGUCGUGAUGGGAAGCUUUCAGUCUUUGCCGGAUGACCAUCAAUAUCGAACCCUGUCACAGAAGACAGGCUUCUCACUGGAGCAGAUCUCUCUUCUCCACAAUCGCUUUAAGCAGCUCAGCCAAAACGAGGAAACAUUACGGAGAGAUGACCUUAAAACAAUCCAAGACCUGGAAAGCAACCCAAUUCGGUCCCAGAUUAUAGAAGCUUUCUUCGAUAGUAGGAACUUCCAGAAAGAUGGUGUGGGAUCUGUGGAAGAAAUUGGUUUUGAGGAAUUCCUUACGGUCAUGUCGUACUUCAGAGCACCACCCCAACAUAUCACAGAGGAGCAGAGAGAAAAAAUUAGAAGAUCCAAACUGCGCUUCCUGUUCAACAUGCAUGACACAGACAAUGAUGGAACCAUAACACUGGAGGAAUACAGACAUGUAGUAGAGGAGUUGUUGUCCCGUAGUGGAGCUCUUGGAAGAGAGACAGCUAAAGGCAUUGCAGAUGCUGCAAUGCUGGAGGUUGCCAGUAUCUCAGUCGGUCCCAUGGCACCUGAUGAUUUCUAUGAAGGAAUAACAUUUGAGCAUUUUUUGAAGAUUCUUAAUGGAGUUGAAAUUGAGACAAAUAUGCACAUUCGCUUCUUAAACAUGGAUGCAACUGUUUUGUGCAAGUAACAUUAGGUCUAAAUACUGCUGGUUAAAUGUAUAUUUUCCAGUAAAAUAAGCACUUUAUUAGAUGAGGCUGGUUUAGAAUAGUUUGGAUAGAUCUCUAGUUCUAUUAAUUAUUUGUAAGAUACUUAUUCUACAAAAGUUUAAAAGCAAUAAGAAAAGUGUGUGUAUUUAUAUCUGAAACGGCUUGCUUUGCAUGCACAUAAUACAUAAUUAUGAUACGAUAUAAUUAAAACUAUGCAAAAGUGUUUAAUUAUUUAACUUAAUUUUUGUAAUUAUUUUGUCUUUAUUCUAAAAUAACUGAUAACCUACAAUUUAAAAAAAAAGUUGAAUGCUUUUAACCAAAUGCAAUUGUAAUAUAUUUUCACUGAAAUAUAUAAAUACUAAAUAGAACAAUCUUGUUAUUAACAAUGUGAUAUAGCAAUAGCAAUUUAUGUGUGCGUUUUGAUGUGCAAUAAUACUAAUAAAUAAAUGAAAACAGUACUUGAAUCCAUAGUCUCAAAAAAGAACUGCAGUUACUCCUAUCAACCAGCAGAUAUCGCUGAUAUCAUUGCUUUAAGUCAGUCGCUUUAGAAAUACUCAGGUACUUCUACAACCAAUAAGCAUGCUUCAGAAUGUUCUUGCAAGUGCAACUAAAAGUGUGUCAGCAAACAUUACAUUACAAACUAUGCAAAAAAAUUCUAAAACAAUUAAUGAGACUGUGACACCGAUAGUCUGUUAGUGUACACCAAAGGCCUUUAAUCAGUUUCAUUAGCCACAUAUAGUUCAAUGAUGACAUACUUUGAGACAUAGAGCUGAAGUUGUGCUGUGUUAGCAGUUAUAAAUUGUGCAUGGAUUGUACAGAUGUAGGUUUAACAGUUGAAUUAAACCUUGUGCUGAGCAUUUUAUUUGCAAAAAUGAAUAUGGCAUUUCCUCUGUGAAAAUGCAAAAAUGUCUCAUAAUGAAUUAAUGUGUCUUCUGAAGGAAAAAAAAAUGACUGUACAUGCACCCACUUUGUAUGGAAUCAACGCGCAACUUGCAUUUACCACAAUAAAAUGGUAUUCUGCAACACUGAAAA